AUGGGAAGAGGAGGCGGAGGGGCGGAAAGGGAAGUCCGAAGUCACGGAGAGGAGAGGCCGGAGACGAAGUCGGCGAGGGAAGGCCUCGACGAGACGACGAUGGCGAGGGAAAUCGAGAAUCGAGAGUGGGGAGCUGGAAAUUGGAAUGGCGAUUGGUGGGCGGUGGCAUUACAAGGCGAGGGUUUCUCUUCUCCUCUCGUUUCUGGGUUUGCCAAAGGCCCAAAAGUCCAAAAGACCAAAACACCCAAGCCCAUAUACGCUGUGUUUGCCAUUUAG